GCCCGCCUGUCACGUGGCGGGGAGCUUUAACCAAUAGCGGUGCGGGCCUCAUUGAUUGGCGUUCAACGGUGCGCCCUAACCAAUCGGAUGGCAAAUUUCAACACGCGCGGGCCUGCUGGUUGCCCGGGGAAACCGGCCGCAGAGCGUCGACGAGAGGAGAAAGAGGUGCUGAUGAGAGGGGAAUGCUGACUGGUGCAUAUCCACAGCCCGGAAUAGAAGCUUAGCUGCGAUUGGCUCUCUUCGGCGCCCCGUCGCUUGAGCUCGAGCCGCCGGAGGAAAGCGCUCAGCGAAGCCCGCGCGUGUCGGGGCUCGGCCCGGGCGCAGGGGGAAAUGACCAGAACUGUUUUCCUACCAUGCAGAUGGACUGUGGGUGAAUGUAGCCCAUUAGUAGCUUUCAUUGGAAGGAAAAAUGGAACCUGCAGAGAAAAUCUAUCCUCUGUGAUAGAGGAGGCCAGCUGAAGCAGGUUUGCUGAUGCUUUCUCUCUUCUCCAGAAUGGCUGGCACUGUGCUUGGGGUGGGGCCAGGAGUAUUUAUCUUAGCGCUGCUCUGUGUCUUGAUGUUGCUGCUCUGCAUGCUGUUAUCCAGGACCUCGGGUCUUGCAAGAUUCUCUGUCAUUAUGGUUUUCUUUUCUGCUGUGAUCAUUAUGUUGGUUCUGUUACUUUUCCCUCGUGCCAGUGAGUUCCCAGCACCAGCUACAGAAAUGAAGAUCGUGGACACCUUCUUUAUUGGUCGCUACGUCCUGGUCUCUCUUCUCAGUGUGACAUUUCUAGGAAGCCUGUUCCUGGUUCUGGUUCACCAUGUCUUGGAGCCAGUGUAUGCUAAACCACUCCGAGUUAAUUAGCUAUUAUGAAGAAGGGAAUUCCCCAUGCUCCAAAGCAGACAAGUCACCAGUUGGGUAAAGAAAAUAUGCUCUCCAAAUCUCUCCAGAAGCCUUUCUUCAAGUGAUGUUAUGAUACCUACACUGACUUCCAGAAUCAGCAUCUGCUUUCUGAGGCCCUGGCAUCUCCAGAAUGAAGUUGUAGAAUGUGUAUGCUUUGGACUGGAUAAUUACCAAGAGCUGCUUCUGUGUUUUUUGAAGCUGAGAACUCUUUCCUGGCAGAGACAGGCAUGCUUACAGACUUCAUCAUGUGUCUCCAGUAUUUGUUUCCAGGGGUAUAUCUAUGAUCUCUGUUCUAUGGAAAUUCAGCUGCUCUUGCUUCUCCUAUGCCUCAUCUACAGUUACAGUUCUGUCUGAAACUUCCUAAAAGAUCUGAUCCUUACCCGAACCACUGGUGUCUAAAAGUCAGGCUGGACAUUUUCCCAACAUAGGAGGUGGUGCAGAAUGCCAUGAUGGAGGCCAGUGCUGGUGCUUUUGGCUGAAAGUGGGAUGUAUGCAAAUACAUAAAUAAAAAGAGGAACUGAACUUGGAGGCUUUAGCCCAGUUCAGUUUGAACUGUGGGUGUCAGAAGUUUGGGUUGGUUUACUUUGUGUUGGUUUACCUGUCCCUGCCGUUUUUGUCAUUGUAAUCAUUCUUGAAACACCUGAGAAGUGAUUUCAGAGGCGGAAGCAACUGUAGAGGGUAAACUCAUGGGAAAGUGAGAUCCUAUUUUUAUGGCAAUAAAGAAGCAGGAACAGGAACAACCAAAUAAUGUUUCUCAGUUUCUCUGGCUUAGAAAGCACUGACGUGGCAAUUCAAAUAUGUUGCUUAUGCCCAGCUCUGAAUCCAGGGGCUCUUUCAGCGACACUCUGGCACAAGCAAAUGCAUCCAUGUUGCCAUUCUUGAGCUCGCUGUGAACCAGGGUUUACUUUGCCUCCUCCUUGUUCCCUUGGAGGGGAUUGUGAGCUCCACUGUGUAGGGAGCUGAAUGUACAUGUCACUAGAUAUUCCCACCAGCAUUUCAGGGGGGGAAACCUGAUGCAGAAGGUGGAGCCACUGAAGGGAUUUGAAGGGAGGAUGGAGAUGGCACCUAGGGACAGAAUGGUUGGAACAGAUGGGGGGAACCUCUCCCACAUGCUCUUCUGGGGGCUGAGGCGAUCUGGCCCUGAGCCCAGUGCAAGAGUGAAGUUUUGAAAAGCAGCUUGCAUAAAAACAUAACAUUUGAAAAAUGCUGCAGGAGGAGGCAGUGGAGGAAACUGUAGGGCACGCCACUUUCCAUGCAUGACUAGGCUACCUGGCACCAAACUUUUACUGCAAUAAAAACCAUCUUUGGGCUGGGAAUUGGGCCUGAGAAAUUGUAGCCCAGAUGGUAUUUUUUCUCAGAUGCAUUCAAAGCCCUGUAUAAUGUAUGUGUCACUUUAGACACUUCCCUAACACCCAUGGCACUUGGCAAAAACAGCGGUUGUGUAGCUAGAGCAUUUUAAUAAAGAAAUCACACGUUCAUUCCAGGGCUUGGCUUUGUCAUCAGCUCUUUUCUUUUCCUCCAGGUAUUGCUUUGCACUAUGUUUUAUUUAGUGAAUUGUAUUUAAUGGAUCCCCAAGGGAUUAUUUGUUGCCCUCCCUUCCUUCUUCAUGCAAGUGGGAAACUAAUGAGUCCCUCUGAGAAGCCACUGGCUGACUAGUUCCUAAAGACAAAAUAAAGUUUGUGGGUUUUUUUAGCAA